AUGCGUGACUUUGAAAGGUUCAAAAGGACAAGACGCAAGCGACGUCCAUGGCUGUUGAGUAUUAGAUCAUCAACAAGCUUUAUCAUUGGCGCCGUUUGGAUGUCCACGUUCACGGAAUUCCUACUGUAUGCCAUGAUAGUCCCCGUCAUGCCAACAGCGCUCGUAACGCGAGCCGGAAUCGACUAUAAUCACCGAGAGUAUUGGGUCAGUGUUCUUCUCAUGUGCGAGGCUGGCACAUCGUUGUUAAUGUGCCCCAUCUUCGGCUAUCUGGUGGACCGCGGCCGGACGCGCCGUCUUCCUUUCAUCGGGGCACUGGUGGUCCUCACCGGGUGUAUGGUAAUCUUGCAAUUAGCGCAUUCGAUAGCUGGGUUCGUCGCCGCACGUCUUUUCCAAGGCAUCGCAGGCGCACUGGUAGUGGUAGCGGCGUUUGCCCUCAUCGGUGACGCUGUACCGCAAGAUCGCCUUGGCCAGACAAUAGGAUACCUGGGGUCCGCGAUUGCGUCGGGGUUCCUGCUGGGCCCGUUUCUCGGAGGCAUUGUCUACAAUGCUGGUGGAUAUGAUGCAGUUUUCUGGUUUGCAUAUCCGAUUCUAGCAUUGGACAUGGUCAUGCGGCUUGUUCUGGUUGAGAAGAAAGUCGCUGCUCAGUGGGAUGGAUUAAGUGAAGAGUCCGAUUCGGAGGCGCAUUCGCGCGUUCCACGCGUUGAACCACCGCAGCUUCAACCGCAGCCACAGAUCAGAAGAAGGGGACUUGUGAUGUUCCGUAUGCUUAAACAACGCAGGGUGUUGAUCUCAUCGUGGGCCCUUCUCGUCCAGGGACUGUUGCUCUCUGCCUUUGAUGCGACUCUACCAAUCUUCGUUGAAGCGACAUUUGGCUGGAACGCGCUCGGUAUGGGGCUAAUCUUCCUGCCGAUGGCAGUCCCCGCCUUCUUCGAGCCGCUAUUCGGUUUCAUCACGGACCGAUUUGGUGGUCGCUUCGUCUCCUUUGGCUGCUUCGUUCUUCUCACGCCUUCCCUCAUAUGUCUCCGGUUUGUCGGCAAGAACUCUACCGAGCAUAUCGCCCUCCUAGUUUGUUUGUUAUUCCUGACUGGAAUUUUCAUCCACGCCUGCGCGCCAGCCAUGUAUGUCGAAACACAGCAAGCACUGACGACCAUGGAGCUCAAGAGCCCAGGAAUACUGGGCCCCAAAGGCGCAGUGGCGCAGGGGUUCGGGUUGCAGAGUAUGUGCCAGUUCGCGGGGGUUUUCUUCGGACCUCUCUGGGGCGGAUUUGUGGAGUACCGUUUCGGGUGGGGCGCGAUGACGGGCUCUUUGGGAGUUUUGGCAGCCCUCACUGCGAUGCCGAUGUUAUGGCUGGGAGAGAGUGGAGAGAACGAAGAUGAAAGGAGCGAAGAGCAGCAAAGUAACUGA